AUGCUAACUCUAGUUUUGGCUUUCCUAGCUUCAGCUCAAGCAGUUCCCGUCACAUCUACUCCUGAAGGACUUCUAAAAUUCUACGAAGCCUUAGAAAUCAAUUCAAUGAACCAUACAAUUACUUAUUUUGAGGGACGCGGGCUUGGAAUUAAAUUAAAUUCAGAUGUGCACGAAGGUGAUAUUGUUCUCAAAAGUGCGCCGGUACUGUCUUUAUGCAGUAUCGAGCCUUUUGAGUUCAGUCCUUACUUAAAAGGCCUGCCUUCCUAUGAAAAACUAGUUGCGAGGAUCUUAUAUGAAAAAUUUAUAGGGAAAAGAGGAAAUUUCAUCACAGAAUACAUCCAUUCAUUGCCUGUAGAUAUUGACACUCCAGACUUCUGAAGCGAUGAAGAAUUUGCAUUAUUUCAUAAAUAUGACUUAUAUAGCCUUCCCAGAGAAGUUAUAACAAAAAAUCUUACUGAGAGUCACAAUAACUUUAUUCACAGGGUAGGCAAGCUAAUUGGAGUCCCUAAAGAAGCAUUAGAAUAUGAUGCCUACUUAUGAGCUGCAUCAAUGGUUAAGAGCCGAUCAUAUAACUUCUCUAAAGAUACAAUUUUAAAACUGUUUCAAAUUACUAUAGAUGAUGAUGAAUACAAAGAUGAAGAAGAGCUUUCUGUUAUGAUAUCACUCUUAGAUUUAUAGGAUUUCCGCCUAUAUAUAGUUCUGUAAGAGCUGUGGAUUCUGUCCGGAAUCCUUUGGUUGGUGGGACCAACUCACUUGUUGGCUCCACCAAAUAAUGAUUUCGGACAGAAUUCGCAACCCUUACAGAACUAUAUAAGAGAAAACCCUAUAGCUAACCAUUGGUAUCAGCCAAGGUCUUCUACUUUUAAGGGCCGAGUUGUUAUAUGGACACAUACUCCAGUUCCUGCAUUUGCCAUAGUAGCAGGAUGGAAUCAAUCUGCAGGGAAUGAGUUUUUCUAUCAAUAUAACUCUGGGCUAAAUAAUUUUGACUUAUUAACAGCCUUUGGGUUUGUAAUUGAAGAAAAUCCAAAUGAUUUUAUGAUUUUGACAUUUUCUGAUGUUGCUUGUUUUGAGUAUAAAGCAUCAGAAAAUAGCUGCAACUAUAGAUUAUAUCCAGGCCAGCCGAACAAAAAUUUGAUUAAGCUUUUCAGCAUCAAAUGGCUACAAAAUGCAAUAUUUGAUGUCCCUGAAACAGAAAGCCUUCAUGAAUUUUAUGAAAAAAUCCAAGAAGAAAAUGAAAAGCAUGCUUUCAUUCAAACUUUAUGGAGCUAUAGAAAGCAAAUAAUUCCAAGAGUUGAGAAUAUGAUAAGCUUAAGACAAGUAGAAAGGGAUAGGAAAAAUGCAAAAACACAAAGGGAAAAGAUAAUUUUUUCAUAUGCGGCAGCAAUGAGGAAAACAAUAUAUGAACAUUUGAAAUCAGUUGAUAGAGAGCUGCUUUUAAUACUGGCCAAAGGACUUAAUUUAUCUUAA